AAGAAAGAGAGAAAUGAGCACUAGAAUUCAAAGUCAAUAAGGGAAAGCUCUGCCCUUCUUGGUAAUAGGCGUCCAUUUCCUCUUCCUUUUUUGCGAUUUCUUUCUUUUCCCACCGCGUGGACUUACCCCAACUCAACUACAACAACGGUUACACACAAAAAUAAACUUCAUCGAUUCCUUCUUCAUUACAACCUUCUUUCUUUUUGCUCCUUUUCUUCCCAAUACAGUGAUUCUUUCUGAGUUUUCUCUUUCCAGGACUGAUUUUCUCAAUAAUUCACCUUCUGGGGUUGUUCUCUUUUCUCGUUUUCUUCAAUUUUCGACCACUUUUGGAUCGUUUGGUGGAUUCUGCUGUUUUUGCUUUCCCUUUUGUUGUGGGGAUUAUUUAUUUUUUUUGGCAGAGAAAUUUGGAUUUUCUCUUCCUGUAUUGAGGUGGAUGAUUCUUGAAGAGGGAAAGAAGGUGAAGUGGGAAGAAUAAAUUGUAUGGAUAACUUAUGCUGCUUCAAUUCCGUCUAUUCUCAGUUUGUAGGAGGGCGUUCGUCAUGUAGCUCUGGAAAGGGCAGGGGCAAUAUAUGCCCUGCCAGGUAUGGGUUUAGCCUAGUAAAAGGCAAGGCAAAUCAUCCAAUGGAGGAUUAUCAUGUCGCUCAAUUUAUUACCGUGCAUGGCCGCGAGCUAGGUCUUUUUGCUAUAUAUGAUGGACAUUUAGGAGACAGCGUGCCCGCCUAUCUACAGAAGCAUCUAUUUCCUAAUAUACUGAAGGAUGAGGAAUUCUGGUCGAAUCCUCGUAGCUCUAUCUUUAAGGCUUACGAGAAGACAGACCAAGCAAUACUCUCACACAGUCCUGACUUAGGAAGAGGUGGAUCCACUGCUGUCACUGCAAUUUUGAUUAACGGUCAGAAAUUAUGGGUGGCUAAUGUUGGAGAUUCACGGGCAGUCCUUUCAAGAAAAGGGCAGGAAUUGCAAAUGUCUGUUGAUCACGAGCCAAACACUGAGCGAGAAAGUAUUGAGGAUAGAGGAGGCUUUGUCUCUAACAUGCCAGGAGAUGUUGCAAGGGUGAAUGGUCAGCUUGCAGUUUCUCGAGCAUUCGGCGACAAGAACCUCAAGACACACUUGCGAUCUGAUCCUGACAUAAGGAAUGCCAAUGUUGACUCUGACACUGAGCUUCUGAUCUUAGCAAGUGAUGGUCUAUGGAAGGUGAUGACAAAUCAAGAAGCCGUGGAUAUAGCAAGAAAAACCAAGGAUCCCCAUAGAGCAGCAAAGCAAUUAGCAGCAGAAGCACUGAAAAGGGAAAGCAAAGAUGAUAUCUCAAUCAUCGUAGUUCGUUUCAAAGGGUAAAACUCGUGUUGAGCUGAAGUUUGUUACAACAUUACUUAUGUAUUAGGGGUGUUAUGAAAUCCAUGGUAUUCAACUCCACAAUCUUUGAGCCAUCCCCAGUACGAAGAAUCUAAAGAAAAACCCGCAUAAAUUUCGAUAUGUCUUCAAAAAUAUGUUUAAUCUCCCUGUUCUUCCCUGCAGAAAGAUUAACAAAAAAAGGCAUCUGUGUAGUAUAAUAUGAUGUUCUUGCUCUAAAUUGGUGCAGUUUGAUCUUUUUACAUGAUUUCUUUUCUUCUUUAUCUGUAGAUCCAUGUAUACCUUCAUUUUUCUUUAACUUUUUGUGAACUUGUGAAACAGUUUGGAAGUGUAGGUUUGGCCUUUAGGUCUCUAUGAAACAGCUGCAUGAGAUAUAUGCAACUAUUUGUAAUAGAUUGAUAAGCUUUUUGGUUGAUAUA